GACUGAGUAUAUAAAGGGAUUCCAAUGAACAUCCAGGGCCAGGUGUGGUCAGUUGUCCUGUACAUUCAGGAAAUGAAAAGGGAAAACCCCAGGAAAUACCAGGUCAUGAAGGAAAAGGGGAAGAGGUCCUGUCAACACAUCCGCCAGAUUGACCUGGACGUGAGCAAGACACUCACAAACCAUCUUCUAUUCAGGGAUCAAUACGGAGCUCGGCAGCGGGAACUAUUCCAUGUCCUGCUAGACUAUUCCGAGUAUGACCUGGAGGUGGGCUACUGCAGAGACCUGAGCCAUGUGGCCGCCUUGUUCCUGCUUUAUCUGCCUGAGGAGAAUAUAUUCUCACUGGCACAGCUGCUGAGCAGUGAGAGGCACUCUCCACAGGGAUUCCACAGCCCAAAUGGUGGGGCAGUCCAGGGGCUCCAAGACCAUCAGGAGCGUGUGGUACCCACGUCACAACCCAAGACCAUGUGGCAUCUGGUGAGGAACUCUCCUGGCCUGAUGCCCACCCUGUCCCUAGAGCACCUCCUAAGAAUGUCAAAGUCUGGCCUGUGGGCACGUUUUCAGGACCUCUUCUUCCAUACCGGGGCCCUAGAUGACAAUGCUAUCCUCAAACACCUUCGGGCCUCUAGGAAGAAAAUCACAAAGAAGCAAUGAGGACCUGCCAUACCCAGGUAGGCUCCAGUGCCAGG